AUGCUGAGGAGCUGCGCCGGGCACCUCCGCACGCUGAGGGCCCUUUGCCAGCCACCACCGGUAGGCAGGCGCCUGCCGGGUAGUGAGCCGCGACCCGCGCUGAGGUCAUUUUCUUCUGAGGAAGUCAUUCUUAAGGACUAUUCUGUCCCCAACCCCAGCUGGAACAAGGACCUAAGACUGCUCUUUGACCAGUUUAUGAAGAAAUUUGAAGAUGGCUCCUGGAAACGUUUGCCUUCAUAUAAACAUACACCUACUGAAAGGAUUCAAGACUUUAAAACCCAUUUUCUUGACCCAAAGCUUAUGAAAGAAGAACAAGUGUCACAGGCCCAGCUCUUCACCAGAAGCUUUGAUGAUGGCCUGGGCUUUGAAUACAUGAUGUUCUACAGUGACGUUGAGAAAAGGAUGGUUUGCUUAUUUCAAGGAGUCCCUUACCUAGAAGGACCACCUGGAUUGAUUCAUGGAGGUGCCAUUGCAACCAUGAUUGAUGCUACUGUUGGUAUGUGUGCAAUGAUGGCUGGGGGAAUCGUCAUGACUGCCAAUCUCAACAUCAGUUGUAAAAGACCUAUCCCUCUUUGUUCUGCUGUUACGAUAAAUAGCCAACUUGAUAAAGUUGAAGGAAAGAAAUUUUUUGUUUCCAGUAAUGUUCAGAGUGUUGAUGAGAAGACCCUAUACUCAGAGGCGACAAGCUUACUUAUAAAGCUGAAUCCUGCUAAAAGUCUGACAUAAAGAGCUGCUGGUGAACUCCAUCUCAUUCUCUCCCCUCCAGAAGAAGCAGUUGUCCCCCGAAUACUCUGCUCCCUCACUGCUGAAUCCCUGUAGGGAGAAGCCUGCCAACAGUGACCUUCCGAAACAGCCCUCUGAAUACAAGGAGGAUUCAGUUUCCAUCUUCUCAACUUUUUAACACAGAAACACUUCCUGUGAGCAUUUCGACAACUCUCAGUCAGGGCGCUGUGGCUCACGCCUAUAAUCCCAGCACUUUAGGAGGCCAAGGCGGGUGGAUUGCCUGAGCUCAGGAGUUCAAGAUCAGUCUGGACAACACGAUGAAACCCCGUCUCUACUAAAAUACAAAAAAUUAGCCGGGCAUGGUGGCGUGCGCCUGUAGUCCCAGCUACUCAGGAGGCUGAGGCAGGAGAAUUGCUUGAACCCGGGAGGCAGAGGUUGCAGUGAGCCAAGAUCAUGCCACAUCACUCCAGCCUGGGCAACAGAACGAGAACCCAUCUCAAAACAAAACAAAACAAAAAAAACUCUGUCUCCUUAGGAUGUGUUACCUGCUCCACUGCGGACUGGAGAAAUAAAUGUGUAUUGAAACUUUUACUGCAAACUUGAAAAUGCUAGAAAACCAAGCAUGAAGAAUAAAUACAUGGCAGGGAAGACACAGACAUGUGCCUAUGCAUAUACAUUGUAAGUUAGUAAGUUAGAAAGCUAUCUUUGUUGUAUCUGAACACAUGAAUCUUUUUGGUCAGAGUAGGAAGCACAGCCAAAUUCUAUAGGAAUGAAUACCUCAAAUCUGUUGUCUGGGAUUCUAGAGAUUAAACCACUGUGCCAUUUAAAAAAGAAAAAAGAAAAUGUGGCACAUAGACACCAUGGAAUACUAUGCAGCCAUAAAAAAGGAUGAGUUCAUGUCCUUUGUAGGGACAUGGAUGAAGCUGGAAACCAUCAUUCUCAGCAAACUAUUGCAAGGACAAAAAACCAAACACCGCAUGUUCUCACUCAUAGGUGGGAAUUGAACAAUGAGAACACUUGGACA